CUUCUGGUCACUGCAGCCAACUUGGGGAAACCCCCUGAAAGACCCAGGUUCAAAAGAGGAAAGGUAUAUACCAGCUGUACCAUGACCAGUGUGGGGAGAAAUACUGACCAUGACGAUACCCUGGUUAUCCCUAACAGCUCAAGCUCAAGACCACAGUCCUCACUCUGAGCCCAGCACUGACACUGACCUCUUUAACAAGUUCUCGGUUGUCUUUCUCUACGCUAACAAUGCAGAGGUCAGAGAUUGUAACGAAUCUCCACCUUACAUACAAAGAAACCAGUUAGAUCGUUUAAAAGUUAGACACACAUAUACAGCCAAGCAGAUUGCAAAAACAGUCAUAGCUCAUCCAUCUGUGGAAGUUGGAAACAUUGUAGAUGACAGCUUAGUUCCUCUUCAUCUUAAUAGUUUGAGUGAUUGUGAGGAUUUGCAUCAUUGUGGAGGACCAUUAAGAAGGAAUGCUUUAUUUGAAGUAUUUAUUACAUUCAUCUUGUGCUUUUGUCAUUUUUGUGCUUUAAACAGAUAAUGCAGAAUCAGAAUAUCAAACACUUGAUUAAACUACUUACGUAUUUUUUUAAAUGAUGCGGCAGUGGAUGUUGUGAAUUUGGGAUUUUACUCCUUUUGAUUAUAGUUGAUAUUCAAAUACUCUAUUGCAGUUUUAAACGUAUACAAUUUUUCAUAUUAUGGUGUUGAUCUCAAUUCAAAAUUGAUUUUUUUUUUAAUUUAAAUUUUUUCUAGUAAAUUUUUUUUGUAUAUUUGUCUGCUGUGAAUAUUUAAAAUGAGUAGAUGUGGCUUUAAAUUUGAGAAUUUAUGCAGAAUUUCCCCACUUUACAUUCAGUUUGUACUGGUGUGAAGAUGGCCAAUGCUUCGCCAAUGUUAGAUACAUUAGGAGGUUAUUUUGAUCGUAAAUUAGAAUACCCAGAAUCAGAUGAUACAUGCUUUAUGAACUAUGAAUUCUUACGAUUGAAGAGCUUUUCAAAUUGGCCACGGGACAAUCCAGUGUUUACUCUCAGGCUAGCUGCAGCCGGUCUUUACUAUGUAGGGAAUGGACAGAUCGUGAAGUGCUUUCAAUGUGACUUUGUCAAAGAACGAUGGCAAAAAGGAGAGGUACCUUUUGAAGCACAUAAAAGAUUUAACCCAAGAUGUCCAUUUAUAGAUGGAACUUGCAGAACUAAUGUUCCAGUUCCGAUUCCAGAUAAUAAUUUGUCUAGCAGCUUUGAUAGGAUAAAGAGUUUGUUCGAAUCAACACAUAUUGUACAAAGAACUGGAUCUUCAACAAGUUUACCCGAGGGGUCCCGGUCACCGUUAUCCUCACCCCCAGGAGAUUUCAGUCGUUCAAGGUCACUAGAACCACCAAACGAUUCAGUAAGAGAAAAUAAAAGCCCAUCUGUCAUUCGUUCAUCAGAGAGAUUUCCGGGGAGAAUACCAAGUCUUCCUGAGGUACGAACAAAUGUGACAGACAAUGAGCAGAGAGGUGCUAGUCAUAGCCCAACCUCGAAUUCAUCAUUUCAGAGUCGUAGAAAGUUAGAUCAGAGAAGUCAGUCUGUUGAAAGCUCAUUUGCGACUUCAAAGAAGGAGGUAGCUUCUGCAACAUCAGGAAAUCCAAGAAACCCAACAGAUUCGCGGAGGAUGUCUAAUCCUGGUUCGUCUGGAUCGGGAAUGGCGCCAGUUCCGGGGCCGUCUGGGACUGGCAGGAAUAUUCGUCCAGAAUCUGUGAGUACAGCUGGGAAUUCUAAUCCUAGAUCAUUUGGAUUAGAGAGAGUUUCUAAUCCUGGAAUAGUAGGCACAUCUCAAACGGAAAGGGCUGUACUUGAAAGGGACCCAGGUGUUCUUCGCUUUGAAAGAAAUAGACUAGAGACAUACCGAGGAUGGCCAUCAACUUCUCCGGUGAACUCUCGUGACCUUGCAAAGUCUGGAUUUUACUAUGUAGGAUCAGAAGAUCGUGUUCAGUGUAUAUUUUGUCGUGGUAUUCUUAAAGGUUGGGAUCCAGGCGAUGUAGUUCAUAUUGAACAUAGAAACAAGUUCCCGAGAUGUCCAUUUAUUUUGGGGAUGGAUGUUGGAAAUAUUCCGUACGCCCCAAACCAGUCAUCUCAGGUAACAACUAACACUAUUAAUCAGAAUUCAAGAUUCUCCCAGCAUGCACCAUCACAAAUGGAGGCUCUGGGAAUCAACACAGACAGACCAAAGCAUCCUCAUCAUGCUAUAGAAUCAGCGAGACUGGCCUCCUUCAGGAAUUGGCCCACUUACAAACACCAGACUCCUGAGCUCCUCUCAAAGGCAGGCUUCUUCUACGCCAAUUUUGGUGACAAUGUGAAAUGUUUUUACUGUGAUGGUGGUCUGAAGAACUGGGAACCUGGAGACAACCCAUGGGAAGAACAUGCCAGGUGGUUCCCCAAGUGUCCAUUUGUCCGUAGUGUUAAGGGGGAGGCUUACAUCCAGUCAGUACAAGACAGGUUUAAUACUGGUACACAACAGAGUAUUGUUAACAGAGGGAGAAAGAGACCUUCAGGUCAGAGAUUCCCUAUAGAAGAAAGAGAGAUCAAGGCGCGGAUGGAGCUUCCUAUGGUCCGGGCUGUGCUGGACACCGGGAUGAACAGAAACGUAGUAAUGCAAGCUAUCAGGAACAGAAUGGAGGAUAUUGGUGAUGACUUCCCGAAUGCUGAGGCCCUUAUGAACGCUGCCCUGGAAAUUAUUGAUGAUCCUGAACAGUUUAGUGCCGUCAAAGCCAGACGUUCAGGCUCUCAAUCGCCCUCUAGUGAACCCCGGGAGACACCAGUGGAGGCAACUUGUGAGGAGGCAAGCAGCUCAAAUGAGGAAAGACUAAAUUCAGGAAAAUCAGAUGAUCCAGAUUUAUCAGAAGAGAUUCGGACACUGAAGGACCAGAAGACGUGCAAGAUCUGUUUAGAUGCGGAGGUGGGAAUGGUAUUUCUGCCCUGUGGCCACCUUUGUGCCUGCGUCACAUGCGCUCCCGCUGUACAACAUUGUCCGAUCUGUCGUUGUGACAUCAGAGGAACUGUAAGAACCUACAUGUCAUAAUGUGGUCCCUUGUGUGGUCCAAUCAUAAUUCACAACUUUGCAGAAAAGUUCAAACGACGGCUGUGAGAUGUUCGUGGAGAAAAUGUCUGUAGCGAAAUAAAUCACCCCUGAGCAUAUUGCUGGCCGAGACAGUGGUGUCUACAAUUUUACUGGUGUGACAGUUUCUUAUCUAACCUAAGUGUUGAGAAAAACAACAGGUGCUCUUUGCAAAUCUCAACAAGAGUAUGGCCUCAUGUCACAGCAAUAAUACAAUGAUAUCACAAUGACUAUUAAUUUACGUCAACAUUCUCUGGCAUGGAUGCAACUUCAAUAUCAGGUUCAUAAGAUAAGAGAAAAAUAAUAAUUUACCCCUUUGGGGUGCAACAGGGGGAUCUCAAUCCUUGGGGUAAGAUACUGCCUGGAUAUCUGCCAAACACUCGAAAAGCCCGAGCCCCACUCGAUUUGCACUGUUCUCUGAAGAGAAGCCUUCUAAGAAGAUCGCAUUCUGUUAUAUGUAAAUCCAGUAAACUGGAAGAAAAUAACCCAAAACAAACAAGUUUUUUAAGUUUUCUCAAGCACUAUGACACUAACGUGUAUGUAUGUGCCAUAAAUCCUUCUCUAGUGAAACUCAUCACUCGCACACUUGGUCGUCGCCAUCUUGGAAGAUAAUUCUUCCAGCUUCGAGACGGAAGAGGAAGAAGAUCUUCCAGAAGCAGAAGAGCUACAAAUCAAGUGACCGGAAGUUAUAUUCUAGAAGAAGAAGAGUGCAAAUCGAG